UAUAAUAAUACCCCUCUAAUCUCUAAUUUCUAAUUUUCUUUCUACAUUCUCUGUAUUUUCUGCCUCUCUCUCUCUCUCUCUCUCACCAAAAGGCACUGUUUUGAACUUUUGAUCCAAACACCCAGCCUCCCCCUCUCUUUCCCUACACUCUGAUAAAACCCAGAUGAGCCCAGCUUCAAAUCACUAACAUUUGAAACCAAAAUUCCAGCAGCGGAAACCAGAAAUUCACACCCAGAAAAAAAAAAAAAAAACAACUAAAAUUUGAAAAAAAGAAAAUUUAAAAAAAAAAAAAAAAAUUCAAAACGGUGUUCUUAGAUCCUUCUGUGUGGUGCCUCUUCCCCAUAAACCCUUAUUCCGAGGUCACCGCUCUCUCCUUUCUCUUCAGUUUUUUGGUUGUGGAGUGUAUGCAUUUUUGGGUGAAAGUGAAGCUCCGGGCGGUGCUGAGGCUUGAGUGUGGCUGAGAAUGGAAGGAGGAGAUUGAAAAUUUUGGAUUUUUCAGAUCAGAGUUUUGUUGGGUUUUGAUUUUCGCCUCUGUUUCCGGUAGAGAUGGGGAGCUCCGGCGAGUCCGGCAACAAUGGCAUUGACGCGUCGGUGGGUUCCUUGGUUUGGGUCCGGCGCCGAAACGGGUCGUGGUGGCCGGGCCGGAUUGUGGGGCUGGACGAGUUGUCCGAGGAUUUUGUGGUUUCGCCCAGAGCCGGUACUCCGGUGAAGCUUCUCGGCCGGGACGACGCAAGCGUGGACUGGUAUAAUCUUGAAAAAUCCAAGAGGGUGAAAGCUUUUCGUUGCGGGGAGUAUGACGAAUGCAUUGAAAAAGCAAAGGCUGCUGCAGCUAACCCCAACAAGAAGGCAGUGAAAUAUGCACGGAGGGAAGACGCCAUUAUCCAUGCUCUUGAGAUUGAGAAUGAGCGUAUAAGCAAGGAUAAUGUAAAUAUCUGCUCUCAAAUGAGUAAUUCAGGUGGUGACCAUGAUUGCUCAGCCAGAGAAUCACCUGCCACGUCUCACUCGGGUGAGGAGAAUGGAGAUAUGACUGAUGAUGUGAGUCUUUCUGAAGAAAAUUCAGACUCGGCUCUGGAAUUAUCUCAAUCUGGUAUAUCUUUUGAGGAGCCAAAUCAUAUCAGUUCUUCUAAGUUGCAAAGUGUGCAGGGAAGGAGGAGAAGAACACCAAAUGAUUCAGAGGAUGAUGGAAAUGAAGGGGUUAAGCGCAUGAGAGGACUUCAGGACCUGGGAAUGGGUGUAGUAUCAAAAAGGUCGGUCCAGACUGAAGGGCUUCUUGAAAUAGUUCAGCAUGACGGUGCUUCAGUCUUAGAUACAAACACUCAGAAUGGCAUGUCCAAUGGAAGUCUUGCAAAUGGAAGCAAAAAUUCCUCAUCCUUGAGAAGAAAGAGAUCUCAAGUGGCAACAGCUAAUGAAUUCCUGAAAAGAAAAAAUCGUAGCCGACCAUUGACAAAGGUUUUGGAGAGUACUGAAAUGGUGUCUAUUCCAGUUGCAGGUGACCAAGUUCCAAAUUCAAGUGGUUCAUCUCUUCAAUUAUCUGAUGGCAAGGUUCCUGAAUUAGAACCAAAUGUGUCAAAAAGGAGUUUAUCUAUGGACCAGAACGGAGUUUCAUGUGAUAAUGAUGCUUCUACAGAUGCUCCUGAACAAACUACAGUUUCUUCCUCUAUGAAUCAGAUGAAAGAGAAUGAAAUUCUCGGCAAAUCUGAGUUAUUGGAGAAUGGUUCGUCUAAAAGAUUCUAUGAUUUGCGGCUUGUUGGAGAAGAAAAACGCUCUUCAGGUAAUUCUGCUGUACUUGCUCCUUGUUCAUCUGGAAGGCCUGAAAUUGGUGCAAUGGCAAGGCAAUCUAGUCGAAGUAGUCAAGCUGAAGCUGCAUCUUUGAGAAAUGAGAGACUGAAUGAGUCUGGUCCUACAAGUUCUGCACCCGUGCAUGAUAUUGGCCAAAGUAUAGAAAAAGGUAGUUCAAAGUGGCAGUUGAAAGGAAAGAGAAACUCAAGACAAACAAGUAGAGAUAGAAAACACAACUCGAGGAAAUAUAUGAACGUCGAUGACUUAUCCAAUGCUGGUUUGGCAGGCAUACACCGUUCUGAUGUGUUAUGUCACGUUUCUGACCUGAAAAGGAAUUGCAAUGGUAUUAGCGGUUCUGCUGCAUAUAAUUACACAGUACAAGGAAAGUCCAAACAGGUUGCGGAUUUGUCUGAUGGACCGACUCAGAGGUCACUUCCCUAUCGGCAGUCUCGCUUCAUGGUACCUGCGAGAUAUCAGACAUCAGAUUCUAUUGCCCGCAAUACUUGCUCUGAUACUUCAUUAUAUGAUGUCAAACUUGAGGUUAAAGCAAAGUACCAGCCACAGCAUGUACCACUGGUUUCUCUAAUGAGUAAAUUGAAUGGUAAAGCCAUUGUUGGUCACCCAAUCACAGUUAAGGCUUUGGAUGAUGGCUAUAGUGACAGACUGUUUGGCAGUACGGAAUGUGAUCUUAGAGGUGGCAAACUCAGUUAUGCAGUUCAGCGAAAUGCAGAAAUUGGAAGAAUCCCAACCAAGCAUUUGGGUUCGCCAAAGAAAUCUCCCAAAACAAAGAAAUCUGGACUGCUACCAAAGAAGACCAGGAAGUUAUCUUCACUGACUGGGCACAGGCAAUCCGAAGAGAGGAAACUACUGGUAGAGAAGCGAAGGAGUCCUGUAAUAGCUUGUAUCCCCCUUAAAUUAGUUUUCAGUAGGAUAAAUGAAGCAGUGAGUGGUUUAGCACGACCAACACAUCGUGCGUUAAAACCAAGUGAGACUUGAAUUUGUUUUUUUUGGGUUAAAGUUGCAGUGAAUGGUUUCUUCCUGUGAAGUUUAGCUCUAUAUCCGGUGUUUUAGUUCAAUUCUGCAGCCUAGUCACUGGUUCUCAUUACUUUGGCCGCUCUAAGUGGGCAGCAUCUUUAAACUUGCUGCCCUCAAGUUCAAAUCCCCUUGCAAUUCCUUGACGCUGCAUUGUUGUAGGAAGAGCAGUUGGUCAGGGGAGUAUGCAUUUCUCUGUGUAUAUAUUUUAACAUUAGUUGAGGUGUAACUAGCAUUAGGUAUUUUGAUGACCUAAUAUCUGGUUAAUUAAUUUAUGAAUUCAGGUUGAUUCAGAUAGUCAAUAACUUUGUUCCCCGGCGUACUUCUGGUGUUGGACAUAUGCUCCACUUCUUGUUACUGAGAUCUUAUUGUUAUAUCGCUUAAAAUUAAUGAAGUGAAGUUCUCCUGCUA